AUGCAGAGUCUGUCAAAAACAGAGAAGGAAUUUGUCUCCGGAGCAGUAGUGAGCAGACUGAACACAAAGGAAGGAAACGAAACAAAAAUCAAGGUGAAAGAAGAAGAAUCCGAUGAGGAGCUUUGUGCGACGAAAGAUGAGAAGAAGCGACAACGCCAACAACUGAACAGAACGGACGUCAGUGAAGAAGAUCUUCGUCCCGAGAAGCGGGAGCCAGAGACGCCGCUCAUCAAAGACGAAGAGCAGGAAGAUGACAUUAGCAAGUUUCCACUGACUGGCGUCACUUUGAAAAGUGAAGAAGAAGACGGAGCCCAAGCGCACGACCUCUCGGCUCCGCUCUCCGAUAGCGACGACGUGACGUCACACUCUUCCAAUGGUGGCGAGCGCGAUGAUGAUGAACAACAACAACACUCCAAAGGUGAUGAGACAUUUCCCACCGACAACAGAUGUGUCAAAUGUCCUCACUGUGGCAAAACGUUUGACAACAAGUUGCUGUUGGACGCGCACACAAGGACACACACUGGAGACAAAACUUUUUGCUGCUCAGUUUGUGGGAAAAGGUUCAUUCAGAAGGGAGACUUGACAAGACACGCGAGGACACACACGGGUGAAAAACCUUUUGCCUGCUUAGUUUGCGGUAAAAGAUUCUCUUCCACCAAAUACUUAAAAUUGCACACGAGAACGCACACGGGAGAAAAGCCUUACACCUGCUCAGUUUGCGGCAAAAGAUUCUCAACAAAUACGCAUUUAACACGACACGCCAAGACACACACUGGAGAUAAACCCUUUGCCUGCUCCACAUGUGGGAGAAGAUUCACCCAGAAAGUCGACUUAACAAGACACACGAGAACGCACACCGGUGAGAAACCCUUUCCCUGCUCUGUUUGCGGGAAAAGAUUCACAAUGAAGAAAAAUCUAACAAUACACACCAGAAUACACACGGGGGAGAAACCUUUUGCCUGCUCAAUUUGCGGGAAGAUCUUUACUCAAAAGCCAAAUUUAAAGACGCACACGAGAACGCACGCCGGAGAGAAACCCUACAGCUGCGGAUGCUGCGAUAAAAGCUUUUUCCAGAAGCACCACCUUGAACGGCACAAGUGCGCCGGCGGGAAGAGCGCCGGUAAAUAUGCGGAAUAAACUCAAGAAGCAGAGGAUGCCUUGGGAAUCAUUGACUCCUUUGUCCUUUCCCCAAAUCGCUCUAUAGGAUAUAGUUGACGUAAUUCAUACGCGAAAGUUGACGAUCAUGUUUUGGAAUGAAGAAAAAUGGAAAGUGGGCGCGGUUGACGUGGGUGGGACCAAAACCUUGCCAGGCACAGGAAGUGCAAGACAAGGAAAUGACUCAACCUGGUUUUCAGUCUUCUUUUGUUUAAUUUGUCUGUACAUGCGCAAAUAAACAUUUGCAAUCCAUCCAUCCAUUUUCUUAGCCGCUUAUCCUCACGAGGGUCGCGGGGAGAGCUGGGGCCUCCCCCAACUAUCAACGGGCAGGAGGCAGGGUACAUCCUGGACUGGUUGCCGGACAAACAGCCGCACUCACAAUCACACCUAUGGGCAAUUUAGAGUGUCCGAUUAAACAUUUGCAAUGUAAGCUCGCAAUUUUUUUCUUUUUAUUCGGUCAUGAAAACUAUUUACAGAUAGCAAAUACUGGCUGUAUUUAAAACGUCAACAAGAGCUGUCCACGAAGUCACAUGUUCGUUAUUUAUUUAUUGGGUCUUUAAAAGGUAAAAAUAUUUGCAAUGUUCACCUGGCUGCGGACAGCAGACAAGAAGAAUGAAAAAUAAAAGCAAAGUAGCAUACGUACACUAUACAUACAUAGAAUAACAAUAAUAGAACACGAUGAAUGAAGGAUCCAUUAAAGGUAAGUGGGAGGGGCUGGAGAACUCGCAUUAAAAAAAAAAAAAAAAAGAGAAUGCUCAGUUACUGGAAAAUUUUGAUAAAGAAUUGUCCAUCUCAUACACGUUAGCUUUAAGUCACUGUGAUGGCUUUGAAUUUGGGAGUUAUUUGAACCUUGCCACUUCUUCGUCCACUUUCUGUCUUCAAAUCAACUUUUAUUUUACUCCAUAUUGCACUGAACGACUUGUAAAUGUGUUUUUUUUUUUUUUUUGCUUCACUUUCAGGAAAUAUGGGGUUGUUGUUUUUUUUUUUUAAAUCGCAAAUCUUUGUUGUGCACUGUGGCCCUCAAAUGUUGUUGCCAUGACAGCAAAAAGUUUUUAUGUGGGACGCUGACGACUAAAGAUGUCGUCGUGAUGUCUUUAUUAAUCUCCUCAUCACGGCAUUAAAUCGCAUCCUGUUGACUUUAAAUUGUGACGAUUUCAUUUCACGUCUCAGCUUUAGGCGACCCGAAUACGGUAACGUAACAUACAAAUUAUUAGUAGGUACAUUAGCAAAAUUUUCAAAUCAUUUUGAUAUGCAAAUGCUUGAAAUAAACUUUCCACUGACACCAAAAUCAGUGUGAUAGGCUACGAAUUAACUUAUAAAGCUUAUAAAUUUGGAAUUGAGUAACGUCUCUUGUUUUCCAUUAGAAACAACAGGAGA